CCCUCCCCCGCUCGCUCUUCCCAAGUAGAGCCACCCACCACAGGCUACCAGCCAUCAUCAUUCACCUCUCCCCGACACAAGCGGCUUGCAUCUCAACUCUGCUCUACUCCUCCUCCUCUCAUCUCUUCUUCAUCAUCUCAGCAUUGAGCUACCUAUCCUCCAGUCACCUCCAAUAGCGUUCCCAACUCCACUUCCUUUCGUCCUCUGGCCCAAAACACACCUCGCUCCACCUCCAUCAUGGCAUCAAUGGAGAUGGCCGUUGAGGCCCCAGGCUUCGACGCUGCCCCGGCCGACAUCGCCAUACAAGAGCCUCUCGUAAACAGCGACAGCGACGACGACGUACCCCUCGCUCGCAACAAGGCCAACGGCAAGCGUGCUGGCGCAAUGAGCAGCGACGACGAAAAGCCUUUGAGCAAGAAGCCGCGCACGUCAAAUGCUGCCGCCAAGAAGCGACGUGUGGUUGAGAGCGACGACGACAGUGAUGACGACGCGUCUGCCGUCCCACCAAUGGUGAACGGACAUGGCUCAGAGUCGUCAGAGGAUGAGAAACCUCUCGCCAGGAAGCGUGCACCCGCCAAACCCGCCUCCAAUGGCAAGACCGCUCCCAACGGCAAGCCUCCGUCCAAGGGCAAGCCUGCCUCGACAAGCAAGCCCGCGUCGCGCGGUAAGAAGCCCGCAGCCGACAGCGAGUCGAGCGAGGACGAGAAGCCAUUGGCGCGUGGCCGCAAGCCUGCCGCGCCUGCCGCUAAACCCGCGUCGCGUCGAGCGUCUACGAAGGCUAAGCCGCCGCCCGACAGCAGCUCCGAAGACGAGAAGCCGCUGGCUAAGCGUGCCCGCGCCACACCAGCAAAGAAGACCGACAAGAAGCCGGCCGUUAAGAAGGAGAAGAAGGGCGACGAAGAGGAGGACGACAAGUACAAGUGGUGGGAGCAGGACGAGAACAAUGACGGGUCGGUCAAGUGGACCACCUUCCACCACCACGGUGUUCUCUUCCCUCCACCCUACGAACCCUUGCCGAAAGACGUCAAGAUGAAGUACGACGGCAAGCCAUUGACUCUACCUCCCGAGUCUGAGGAGGUCGCAGGAUUCUUCGCCGCCAUGAUCGAGACGGACCACGCUAAAGACGAGAAGUUCCGCGAGAAUUUCUUCAGAGACUUUAAGGCUAUGCUUGCCAAAUACCCUCCUAAGGAAGGUAUCAAGGUCACCUCCUUGGAGAAGUGUGACUUCAGCGGCAUGUUCCAGUACUUUGAGACUCUGAAGGAGAAGAAAAAGGCCAUGACCAAGGAGGAGAAGAAGGCCAUUAAGGAGGCCAAGGACAAGCUCGAGGAGCCGUACCUCUACGCGAUCGUCGAUGGGCGCAAGGAGAAGACUGGUAACUUCCGCGCCGAGCCACCAGGAUUGUUCCGCGGACGAGGAGAGCAUCCACGAAAGGGGACACUCAAGCACCGUCUUCGUCCUGAGGACAUCAUUCUCAACAUGUCUGAGGACGCCCCUCCACCUGUGCCGAAUAUUCCUGGCAAAUGGAAGUCUAUUCAGCACGACAACACGGUGACUUGGCUGGCGCACUGGAAGGAGAACGUGAAUGGCCAGUCUAAAUACGUUUUCCUUGCGGCGGGCAGUUCGUGGAAGGGCCAGAGCGACCGCUCGAAGUUCGAAAAGGCGCGCGAGCUUAUUCAACACGUCGACCGCAUCCGCAAGGUAUACACCGAGGACCUCAAGUCCAAGGUAAUGGCGGACCGGCAACGUGCGACAGCGCUCUACUUUAUCGACAAGCUCGCACUUCGUGCUGGUAACGAGAAGGGCGAGGACGAGGCGGACACUGUUGGCUGUUGCUCUUUGCGCUACGAACACAUCACCCUUGAGCCUCCCAACAAAGUCGUCCUCGACUUCCUGGGUAAGGACUCGAUGCGCUUCCACCAGGAAGUCGAGGUCCCGCCCCAGGUGUUCAAAAACAUCAAGCUGUUCAAGGCUGAGCCCAAGGGCAAGGGCGACGACAUCUUUGAUCGCUUGAAUACCAGCAUCCUCAACAAGUACCUGAACGAGCAGAUGAAGGGUCUCACUGCCAAGGUGUUCCGUACCUACAACGCCUCGUGGACCUUCCAGAACCAGCUCAAGGCCUUGACGCCCAAGAGUGGCACUGUCGCGGAGAAAAUUGCGGCCUACAACACAGCUAACCGCGACGUAGCUAUUCUGUGUAAUCACCAGAAGACCGUCAGCAAAGGUUUCCACGAGUCCAAGGCCAAGUUCGAGGACAAGAUUCGCGGCGUCAAGUACCAGCGAAUGAAGCUGCGCAUGCAGCUCUUCUCUCUCAACCCCAAGUUGAAGAAGAAGCGCCCCGAGCUCGCCGAGGACGAGUCAGACAUGGACGACGAGUUCUUUGAGCGCCACGAAGUCGAGUUGCUGGAAAAGGCAAUCGAGGCCGCAGGCAAGAAGUUUGAUCGCGAAAACGUCAAGCUCGAGGGCGAAGGCGAGUCGAAGCAGCCGAAGAAGGUGCUUGAUGAGCGGGUAAAGGAGAUUAAGGCCGAGUUCAAGGUGCUCAUCAAGGAGCGCAAGACGGGCAAGGCGGAGCCCAAGAAGGGCGCCACUGAGGAGAAAUUGCUGGAGCAGAUCAAGAAGCUGGACGACCGUAUCGCCACGCUCAAGAUUCAGCUGCAGGACCGUGACAACUUGAAGGACGUUGCGCUCAGCACGUCCAAGAUCAACUACAUUGACCCGCGCAUCAGUGUUGCUUGGGCGAAGAAGUUUGAUGUGCCACUGGAGAAGCUGUUCAGCAAGACUCUGCGAGAGAAGUUCCCCUGGGCCGAAGCCGAGGCCGACGAGGACUGGAUCUUCUAAACUGACAAUGCUCGACUGGACUGGGGCUUUGCAUAAGAGGCGAGCCCGCCUGUCCUGGCUGUAUCCAUCUUCUUUAUCCCACCCAUGUUGUUUUGAGAGCACCUCCCGCUCUACCCCAUUCCGCUCAUGUAGACGAGGUCACUGUAGUAUGCAUCAGGCAUUUAUCGC